AUGAAGGUGAGGACGGUGUUGUGCGUUGCGGAAAAGCCAUCGAUUGCGAAAGCAAUUGCAAACCACUUGGGAGAUCGAGUGAUUACCGUUCUCGAGCUAAUGGACGUGCAGCAUAACAUCCAAGGCAAUCCGUAUGUGAAGAACUACGAAUUCGACUACACCUUUCCGCAGUGGGGUCAUUGCAGUGUCACGAUGACCUCUGUGCUCGGCCACCUCCUCAGCCACGAGUUUGAGCCGCGAUACAAGAGCUGGACGUCAUGCGACCCAUCUGCGCUUUUUGACGCUCGCAUCGAGGUUUUCGUUGGUAGCAACAGCGAGCCUAUCGCGGACAACAUCAAGCGACACGCUCGCCGGGCCGACGUGCUCUUUAUCUGGACCGACUGCACCGAGAUUCGGUCGGUGGCAGCACAGAGCAACCAGGCUCUGGGUCGCGCUGGCGGCACAGUAAGAGCACAUUUCUCCAACAUCGAAAGAACGCAUAUCAUCCACGCCGCUCAUCGUCCCGCCGAUCUCGACGAAGCGCAAGCCAACUCAGUAGCUUCACGUAUCGAGCUCGAUCUUCGUGUGGGCGCAAGCUUCACCCGGCACCUCACUCUGAGCCUUCGUCCUAUACUCCAGCGAGGCAAUCUGUCAGAGGCCUCUCAAUUAAUCAGCUACGGGAGCUGUCAGUUUCCUACGCUUGGCUUCAUCGUCGAGCGCUACUGGCGCGUUCGGAAUUUUAUCCCGGAACCAUUCUGGAGCAUCAAACUGAUGCAUCGAAAAGCUGGAAAAAGGGUGAACUUUAGUUGGGCUCGUAAACACCUCUUCGACAGAAGGACAGCUGUUAUUCUCUAUGAGCGGUGUCUCACUUCGCAGAAUGCUCAGGUCCAAAAGGUCAAAACCAGGCCAACGAGCAAGUGGAAACCCUUACCGUUGACUACUCUAGAGCUUCAGAAGUGCGGUAGCAGAUUCUUCGGAAUGGACAGUCAAAAGGUUCUGCAGCUUGCAGAAAAGCUAUAUCAGAAAGGUUGGAUUAGCUAUCCUCGAACCGAGACAGAUCAGUUCGAUCGGGGUAUGGACCUUCGCGGCCUCGUCCAGAAGCAGGCGCAGGGCGGCCGCUGGGCUGAUUAUGCAACGGCGCUGGUCGAAGGAGGCUUUUCGUGGCCCCGUAACGGACAUAAUAAUGAUAAGGCCCACCCGCCUAUCCACCCGGUCAAUUUCGUCAAUCCAACUACGCUCUCACAUGAAGAGCAGUGUAUUCAUGAGUUCGUCGUCCGGCGCUUUCUGGCAUGCUGCAGCAAAGACGCCCAGGGGUCAAAGACCGACAUUAGUAUUCUCCAUGGACCGGAAACAUUCCAUGCAUCUGGCCUUGUAAUAUUAGAGCUCUCGAUGUCUACCUUUACGAUCGGUGGAGCAACCAAGAACUUCCCCCGUUCAUCGAAGACGUUACCACCUGGAUAUUUAACUGAACCAGACCUGCUUGCACUAAUGAACGCGAAUGGUAUCGGCACUGAUGCCACCAUGGCCGACCAUAUUGUCACAAUUAUAGACCGACAAUACGUCGAAGCCAGAGCUCAGCCAAGGCAGGCGCGGCAUGGAAAUGACGAAGAAGAGCCCGAGGAGUUGCCAGCCCAAGCGAGAGGCAGAAAUGGUCGUAGAGGUAGAACUGCAGUAGCCCCUCGUGGCGGCAGGAAUAGCGGUGCUGGCCGCGGUGGCGCUAUCACAGGUGUUCGGGAGUUCAUACCCACGACGUUGGGGGUCGCUUUGGUUGAGGGUCACGAGAAUAUGGGGUUCGAGACUAAUUUGAUGAAGCCAUUUUUACGCAAGGAGAUGGAGCUAAAGAUGAACGCCAUAUGCAAUGGGCAAACGACUAAGACUCAGGUCGUUAACGAAACCAUCGAGCAGUAUCGAGGGGUCUAUGCUCGCAUGCAGUAA